AUGGGUCAGUCUCAGUCUAAGGGCGGGGACUCGCGUUCCGGCGAUCCUUUGCAGUCCUACCCCUCGUUUUCCAAAUCGGACACUAAGGAAUCCAUCCGAUCCCUUCGAGGCUCUAUUCGAUCCAAGAUCCCCGGACGGAGCAGCGACAAGAACAAUGACAGUCCACGAGGCUCUACUGUAGGUCUUUCCGACGAUAAGUCAGAGACAGCCUCUGUAAGGUCUGCUGGCAGUGCUCGGGGCGCGCCGUCUCCGGCGCCCUCGGCACUAUCCGAUGACGCAACUGCCUCCCGCGCAGGGACACCCGAUCCUCCUCCAUCCCCUUCCCAGUCGACAUCCCUGAAUCGUGGUCACAAAGAUGUGAAUGCCGCUCAGCAGAGUGGUGAGGUCGAUCUAGUGUCUGAUGCUCCGCCCUCGGUACCACCAGCCACUCCCCAAGCUCCUGGCGAGUCGAUCUUGGUAAAGCACGAAAAUCAGAUCAAUCCUGUUCUGUUGGAUAUUCUGGCCUCCCAACCAACGGAGACAAGCGGAUCGCCUGGAAUGGGGAUGGGAGCGCUCAAGUCGAUCGACCUGGAUGACAUGAUUUCGCGCCUGCUCGACGCCGGGUAUUCCACCAAAGUUACCAAGUCUGUGUGUCUGAAGAAUGCCGAAAUCGUCGCAAUCUGUACCGCUGCGCGGGAGUUGCUUCUUUCCCAGCCUGCCUUGCUCGAACUGUCAGCCCCGGUCAAGAUCGUUGGCGAUGUCCAUGGCCAAUACACGGAUCUAAUCAGACUAUUCGAAAUGUGCGGGUUUCCUCCCGCAGCCAAUUAUCUUUUCCUCGGUGACUACGUGGACCGGGGGAAGCAAAGUUUGGAGACCAUUCUGCUUCUGCUGUGCUACAAGCUGAAGUAUCCGGAGAACUUCUUCCUCCUUCGAGGUAAUCACGAGUGUGCCAACGUCACCCGCGUUUACGGUUUCUACGAUGAAUGUAAGCGACGGUGCAACAUCAAGAUCUGGAAGACGUUCAUUGACACCUUCAACUGCCUCCCCAUCGCUUCCAUUGUCGCGGGCAAGAUAUUCUGUGUCCACGGCGGGCUCUCGCCGAGUUUAUCGCACAUGGACGAUAUCCGUGGAAUCGCUCGUCCGACGGAUGUUCCGGACUAUGGUCUGCUCAACGACCUGCUCUGGAGUGACCCGGCCGAUAUGGAGGAAGACUGGGAGCCGAACGAGCGGGGUGUGAGCUACUGCUUCGGCAAGAAAGUGAUCAUGGACUUCUUGCAGCGGCACGAUUUCGAUCUGGUCUGUCGAGCGCACAUGGUGGUGGAAGACGGCUAUGAAUUUUUCCAAGAUAGAAUCUUGGUUACAGUUUUUUCCGCUCCUAACUACUGUGGAGAAUUUGACAACUGGGGCGCCAUCAUGUCGGUUUCUGCGGAGCUGCUGUGCAGCUUUGAAUUGCUGAAGCCGCUGGAUUCUAGCGCGUUGAAGAAUCACAUCAAGAAGGGCAGGAACAGACGAAACAGCAUGCUCAACAGUCCUCCGGCUGUGGUCUCCGCCCAGAGUUAUUAG